AUGAAGAUGUACAACUUCAUCUGGGCCCUCUUGGCCCUUUACACCACACUCGUCCAGGCGAACGUGGAAAAAACAAUCUUCCUAGCACCAACAGCAGCCACCGUACCAUCCGGAGAACCAGACCUCGACGACCUAGGCCUGGAAAGACUCUCACCAGAGAACUCCAUCGUGCGCACACGAAUUAACGCAUCAUUCCCAUCAGAAAAUGCACCAGAAGGAAUCGAAUCAUGGUUCUUCCUCGAGAAUCUCAACCCACACCAGCGCUACGAAGUCCGAGUCUGCUGGCUAGCAACUCAACCUACCACCUUCACUCUAACAACCCACGAAGUGGGCACCUUAAUCGAGGAUGCAUCCCUCGUCUCUAGCCUAAGCAUCUUCUCUACCGCGCGUCUCGCAUCCCCAGUCGCAUGGAUGCAAAAUCCCAUCCCACGGGCGAACAAAAAGGGAACCCAGGACCCGGCGCCGACGAUGGACUCGGUCCUGUUUCUGCGAGUGCGCGCUGCGGCGGAUUAUUUCAGCCCGGACGAGGCGCUGAUGCGGGACGUGCCGCCUGUGGCGGUAGAUCUGAUUCUGGAUCCUUUCUUAUGGAAUGUUUUCCCGCGAUCGCUGGUUCCUACUGCAGGGUGGAUUGGAGUCGUGGCAGUUGUUGCGAUUGUGGUUGCUAGGUGGGUGGCGAAAGAGCUUGGGAGGGUUGUUAAUGAUGCGAAAGCGGAGCGGGCUUUGCAGGAAGCGAAAAAGGGGAAGUAA